AUGGCAGCUUUACCAGUCAUCACCUGCGGCGGCGUUGAUCCGCAGGUUCUCAAUGUUGUCAAGCCCCUCUACCUCCCCGAAUACGAAGGCAAGAGGAAAUUUCCCAAUUUGGUACAUUCCGUCACUAGCGCUGCCUCCGGGGCAAUCGAAUUACCCUAUUUGUUGCAAGGGAAAGCCCUCCCUACUAGCGAGGAUCCCAAUGCUAGCACUGGGGAAAACCCCAAGCUACCAGUAUCUAUCUUUAUAGGGGCCCUUUAUGGCGACAAAGAGGUUGAAGAGAUGCGCCAGGCAUGCCAAGGGAUUAGUUCUGUGCCCUGGCUGAAGAUGGAUUUGGCUGUGCCCAGACCGCCACUCGGGCCGGGGUAUGCGGAACACGUUGUGAAGAGAGUUAAAGCUUGUAUGAAGAGGAUUGAAGCGGAGGGAAAGUUGGAAGAGGAUGGCUUAUGGCUAUUUUGA